AUGGAAUCAGAGCAGGCCCGCCCGCCGCCCUACGUUGCGGCCCCGCCGCCCUCAGCUACGCGGCCCCGCCGCCUUCUGCUACGCGGCCCUGCCGCCCUCUGCUACGCGGCCCCGCCGCCCCUCGAUCGCGGCCCCGCCGCCCUCUGCUACGCGGCUCCGCCGCCCUCUGCUACGCGGCCCCGCCGCCCUCUGCUACGCGGCCCCGCCGCCCUCUCCUACGCGGCACCGCCGCCCUCUGCUCCGCGGCCCCGCCGAGCCGCCCAGCAUCAGCCGAGCCGCCCAGCAGCAGCCGAGCCGCCGCCGAGCCGCCGCCGCUUGAGCCGCCGCCCGGGCCACCGCCGAGCCGCCGCCGCCUGCGCCGCGCGAGCCGCCGCCGAGCCGCCCAGCAGCAGCCGAGCCGCCCGAGCCGCCGCUGAGCUGCGACCGAGCCGCCGCCCGAGCCGCCCGAACCGCCCGAGCCGCCCGAGCCGCCCGAGCCGCCCGACCCGCCGUGCUGCUGUUCCUGAGCUGUGUUCUUCUGCUGCUGACCUACCCGACUCUCCCAGCCCGGUGAGACUUCCAGCUGCUGCCAUGGCCACCCCCAAUGUUCUUACUUUUGACGCUGAGGGGAGGGCCAUUGACUUUGCCGUCUGGAUUGAAGACCUGCAGCUGUACUUACUGUGUGAUGCGAUAGAUGAGGUCUCUUUUUUUGACUUUGUCUCUGGCGCUGUUCCUGCCCCACCUGCUGAUGCUGACUCUGCCGUUCGCUCCAAGUGGGCAACCCGCGAUGCUGCUGCACGUCUUGCUGUGCGUCGCCACCUCCCUUCCUCUGAGCGUGCCCACUUUAGUCAGUGCAAGACCGCUCAGGCCUUGUACGACGCUGUAGUUGCACGCUACUCCUCCCCUUCCUCCGCUACCCUUAGCCGCCUCAUGCUACCGUUUCUCUUCCCUGACCUCGCUUCCUUUCCCACUGUCACUGACCUCGUUACCCACCUCCGUGCUAGUGACACCCGCUACCGCGCUGCCCUUCCUGCUGAGUUCCGCGCUGCGAACCCUCCUCCCAUGUACAUCACCCUCUACUUUCUCGUCACCCCGGCUGAGAAGAGUAUUGUCGCUGUAGGGGCCUCUCGGGGUGACCCUCGCACCCCCAUCUUUGAGGGGUGUGGUCCUUCCCCCCUGCUGCCCUCUGUCGCCUCUGCCGCUGCGGCCGACCUCACUGGUUUUGAGUCGGUCGGCGCGGCGUCUGCCCCCAGCGGCAGACGCCGCUCUGGCAAGAGCAAGGGGGGCAAGGGAGCGGGUGGAGCUCGAGGGGGCGGUGGAGGAGGCGGUGGGGGUGGCGGGGGGAGUGGGGGUGGCGGUGGGGGUGGUGGCGGGAGUGGAGGUACUGGUGGCGGCGGUGGAGGCGGAGGUGGCGGCGGAGGUGGUAGCGGAGGAGGCGGUGGGAGCGGUGGGAGCGACGGUCCUGGUGGGGGAGGUGGCGGUGGAGACGGGGGUGGCGGUGGAGGCGGGGGUGGCGGUGGAGGCGGGGGUCGGAGUGGCUCGUCCCAGCGGAGCAGCUCUGGGGGUGGUCAGCGCCAGCAGCAGCAGCAGCCACAGCAGCAGCCGCAGCAGCAGCCACAGCAGCAGCAGCGCUCUCGCACCGUCCCCGGCCCUCAGCAGCUCCGUGAGUGGUGA